UACAAAGUAGCUCAAGCAACGUACCUAAAGCAAUUCAGAUUAAUGAUUACCGAUACAACAUAGACGAUAAAUACGGUAAAGUGGCGGCUUGUAAAUAAAGUUAAAACUUUUUCAAAGCAGCCGCUGGUAGUUAAAUUCACCAAAAUGGCUCACUUAAAGUGAGCCAAAGUAUUUCCAAGUGGUUCAAAAUACUUUGGGUAUCCAGAAUAAUGUAAGAUAAUAAAUUUUAUAUAUAGUUACGUACAUUGUAUUUACUUUCUGCAAUAGGACAUAAUCAAAGUACUGUACUGGACCUCAAAAGGGCAAAUAUAUUCAAAGGAUUCAACUUAGUGAUUUUUGAUGAAUGAAUGCAGAAGGAGCUCGGUCCGCAUCCGAGAAAUGAUAAACAUGUGACUGAACAUGAGCUGCUGUGUAUCUGUAGUGUUCUAUAUUUAACCCGCCGGCCUGCUCAGUCUCUCUCGCACAUACUCGACUUAAAGCAGCCGACGAGCCGCCAGCGGAAUGGAGACCAUACGAGGGCAAACAAAUCAGUGAUUGGGUGAAGUGGCUGCUGAAGUUGCAGGUUUUGCCAAAAUGCAGGAAGGACAUGGACGAGAAAAUGAGGAGCAGACGGCGUCACGGCCCUCUGUGGCUGAACUUGCCGGAAGGUUCAAAGGUUCCUCUCCUCCCCCUGCCAGCGAGACGUUUCAGGAAAAGCCGGUCAGACGCCGACCUCCUCGCUCCUUACAACUGCCUAAAUCCCACGGAGACGAGCAUGAGAGGCCUUCAGGUGUGACUUCUCCUGUUAAAGCCAAGAGGAACUCCGCCCUGAUUGAGAAGCUUCAGGCCAACCUGGCUCUGUCCCCCGCCAAUCUGCUGCCCUCCCCCAAAAGCCCCGGCUUCAGGCUGCUACCGCCCUUCAGUCCGCCGUCUUCGCCCAGCCCCACUGCGGGGACCCCCUCGCCCACGCUGACGUCUCCAAGCUCCAUUUCUACGUCUUUGGUGACCGAGGAGGAGGGGCCGGUGUCAUUUGAAGCCCCUCCCACAGCGGCGGAGGGAUCCCUCUUGAUGAACGUGAACAAGAGCCGAGCUCGCCACUCUCUCAGGCGACGCCCUCCGUCCCGCCGCCACAGGAAGUCCAGCAACGGAGAGGAAGUGGCCGCGGCCGGGGAGGAGACAGACACACCCACGAGCCAACCGGAUCAGAAAACAACACAAGGAGGAGGCGGGGAUGUCGUCGGCGAUGAUAAUAGAAAUCAUUUGAAGGAGGACAAAUCGGAAGAAACUCCGAAAGAAGGCCAGAUCAAUCGUGACAUUCAUCUCAGGGGAGAAGAAGAAAAUAAGAAGCAGGAUGAUGGAGAGGAGAAGGAGACUCAAGAUGGAGUCAUGGGGGAGGGAGAGAACCAAGAGACAACCUCAGAAGAAUCUCCAAACAACAACAAAGAUGAAGACAAAAGUCACGGUUCCACGUGGCAGAGUUGAUGAGAAGUUGAACAAGGUUCCGGUUUCUGAGCCACUCCAAGAGGUCUUGGUUUGGAAGCGUUGUGGGAGCAGAGACCUCCAAAAGAGAGCGGACAAAACACUUUUCCAUCGAGAACCUGAAACGUUGCCGCAUCAGAGCUGGCAUUGAGCCGCCUUUGUUUUGAAAGACGGCAUUGAGACAAUGAGAUAGAGACUCUUACUUUCAGUUCAUCCAAAAAAACCCAAAAAACAAUCGCACGGAAUUGAACCCCUUUUUCCUCUUUUAACAAUCAAUCCCAUUUCCUUGUCCCUGCAUCUGUCAGAGUUGUUAUCGCAUAAAACUACACAUUUGACAACA